AUUCUUGAUAAUGGAAAGUAUGGAGGAAAUUCUUGUUUCUCUGCUCUUCCUCUGUUCUUGCUCGUUUAUUGUAGUCACCAGAUUUGAACUCAUCAAUAGAAGAAUUCUGGUAUAUUAACAGCCCUUAAAUUCAAAUUCUAGACCUCUUAAUUGUUGUUGGGUUGUUUAUUGUUGGUUAGUAAAUGUAAUCGAUGGUUAGAAUUUUGGUGUCACUAAAGGCUCUUUUAUUUCAUCACUUUUGGGUACAGCUAUUUCAUCUGAUUUUCCUGCACUUUAUGAGCACUGUUAAUUUCUGUUUUUGUGUUCUCAUCUCACCCUGGUCUUGCACAUGAACUGUACUUUUUGCUGAGAAAAUCCUGCUAAGUUACAUCAUGUUUUAUUCACUAAAAAUACGCUGUGAACCAUGUAUUUUUCUGCACUUUUCCUACACUGUUUUGUGACACUAUCACGCUGAUUUUUGCCCCUAAAACUUGCUGAAAGCUACACCAAAUGCUGCUAUGGAAUAUUGAUUAUUUUUCCCCUUAUUGUAUGUUUAUGUUGACCACUAACUUGCUCUCCAUUUUUCCUCACUUGGAAGAUUUUGCCCAGAAAAUUAGGGUGAGAUGAAGUAUGAAAUUUUUGUAUCAUUUUUGAUGCAUUUGUCUUUAUAUCGUUUUCCUUUUUUUCUAUCUUUUUGGUGCAUUUGUCUUUAUAUCAUUUUUUAUUUUUUCCAUCUUUUUGGUGCAUUUGUCUUUAUAUCAUCUUUCAUUUUUUCUAUCCCUUUGGUGCAUUUGUCUUUAUAUCAUUUUUCUUUUUUCUUUUUUCUUUUUUUGUAAUUUUAUUUGAUUUUUGUAUCUGACUUUUUCUGGUAUUCCAAUCUAACUUUUAUUUUUGUUCUUCCUAUUCCUGAUUGUUUGUUUGAUUGCCUAGAAAAUUAGGGUGAAAUGAAGUAUGGAAUUUUUGUUAUUGGAUUAUUAAAGCUUAAGUCUUCCUUCAGACUGAGGGUAGGAAUGUCUAGGAAAUGAACUUGAAUUUGAGAGGUAGGAUCAUUGAUUGGGUGUUUAAAUUUGAGGAAUGUGAAAAACUACUUUUGGGUAAGAACUCAUUAAUUAUUCACAAGUGUAGAUUAUCUCUGCUCCUGGUACUUUGGAUUGAGGAUGUGUGUAGAUAGUUGUAGCAGAAACCUACCUGUCACUCUACAGUGCAUCAAUACCCAUAACUUCUAAGUGGAGUAGGAGAAUAGAAACUAGUGACUGUAGUAUAAGUGUAUAACAUAUAAUAGUUUUCUUAAUGCAGCUAGUGUAGCCAUGCAAGUGCAACCCAACUCAUUUUGCUGUUGAAUUUUUCACUUUCAUUAUAGUUUUCGUAAUGCAUUUACAAAGCCAUGAAAAGGGAAAACACCAGUCAUCAUAAUUGCUUGCUAGCUUCGAAAAGGUGUAUUAUUUGAGCAAACAAAGUGAUUAAAGUGUUGAUUGUCAAAGAGCAUUUCUAGAUUUAGGCCCCCUGCCUGCAUUGCCUUUUUUUGGGUCAAUAAUCAGGAAGAUUCAAUAGUUCCAUUUCCACUAUCCUUUUAAGAGCCUACUUUUUGUUUUUUCCCCACUCUGAAUUUAUUGCAUCACCAUCUGCAGAACCUUCCAUAUGGUAUUUUGGUGCGUUAACCAUUAGCAGAAAGAUUCUCUUCUUUUGGCCUACAAGUUCCUAUCGUACCUAAGUGUGCAUGGCUGAAUUAAAGUGCUUUAGUCAUAUGGGAAUUUAAUAAUUUUUGGCUACUUGAUAUUUGGGAAUUGAUUUGGAUAAUUAAGUUAAUUAAUUUCUCUGUUACUAUUUGAUUUAGGGUCAUCGGCAAGUACUUCUCAUUCCUGCCAUGGUGAUCUAGUUCCUGACUAGUGCCUUUGAUCUUUAAGCUUCUUAGCUCAUAUUAGUAACUACUUACCUAUUGAGCAAAUAUGAAUAGAGGUUGUUUAUUGUGAAUUUGAAUGUUAAUAUUUUGAGUUAUGAUGAAUUUGGUAAAUAUAUGAUGUUAAUUUCA